UACAAAAUUAGACCCGGAAGUUUUCCUCUGCCUAUUUGUUUGCGUAGUUUAAUAACAAUUUUAAAAAAAGCUAUACUCGUAGAACAUGGCGCCGAGCGGCUCGUCAAACGUGUAGAUCACAGAUUCACGUCGAGGUAUCGCUCGUGAAACCAGCCGCAGAAUCGUGGGUCUAGCUCCUGUAAAACAUGGAGGAGCUCUACACUUUAGAGAAGGAGGUAGGACGAGGCAGCUAUGGCGUGGUCUUUGAGGGACAUGUGGUCAAAACAGGACAGAAGGUGGCCAUUAAGCGGCUGCCCUGCAGCAACCCGGAGUGCAUCGAGCUCUACCUGCAAGAGCUGUGGGCCAUGAGAGCCACAGCCAAGAACCACAUCAACGUCAUUGCACUCCACAGCUGUCUCCUGCAGACAGGCCCCAGAAGCUUGAAGCCCCUGAAACCAGGGAAACUGCCUCUACGUCUGGUUGAGAGCGUGCUGAAGGGCAGUGUGGUGGGAGCAGCACAGAGUCAGGAAAGGAUUCACGCCCAGGCGACCGCCAUGAAGAGGACGUAUUCUCUCUCCAGGCUUCAGGACAGGACCAACACUGUCCAGGUCAGGCCUAAGCUCCAGGACACAACCAAAUCAAAUGCAUCUGAUGCUACAACCCCGCAACGGCCUCAAAACCAAGCCAGAAAGAGACGGGCCCAGAGCGAGGGGGAGCAGCCGGGACCCCUGCGAUGCCUGGCCCUGUGGCUCGUGAUGGAGUACUGUGACGGGGGCGACUUGAAUCAGUACCUGCUCUCCAGGCCGCCAGAUGCCCAGCGUAACCACAGUGUGGUGCGACAGCUUUGCCGAGCUGUGGCCUUCCUGCAUGGCCUUGGCAUCACCCAUCGAGACCUGAAGCCUGACAAUGUGCUGGUCUGUGUCACAUCAAAAGGCCCUGUCGUCAAGGUGGCAGACUUUGGUCUGAGCAAGAUGAGUGAAGGUCUGGUGGACGGGGUUGAAAACAUGCAGCACUUCUCAUCCACCUGUGGCUCCGACUUUUACAUGGCUCCAGAGGUGUGGGGUGGACUGACUUACACGGCCCAGGCGGACAUCUUCUCGCUAGGUGUGAUGUUCUGGGCGGUUCUGGAAAGAAUCACAUUUCUGCAAGAAGGGACCACACAGGAACAGCUGGGCGCCUACGUGUGUAAGGGUCGCUCGGGCUGGUUGAUGCCGCUGGGGGAAGCCUUGUGGGAGAACGCCGACCUCCAGCUGUGUAUCCCAAUGAAGUUUAAGAGAGCGCCCCCGCUGCCACCCCCUCCCGGUCCAUCUACGUGCACUCUGCUUUUAGAAUUGCUCGCCUCAAACCCGGAUGCCCGGCCCCCGGCAGACCAGCUGGAGGCCAGAGUGCGAUCCGCUCUCAAAGAGGACUCCCACUGACACAAAGUGCGCCUAAGCGACCAUUAUGGCUCUUACCACUGUACCCACUACACAGAAAUAUUGACUGUGCGCCCUCGGACCACAGUGCUUCCUAUGUGUGUCAACAGGAACCACUUUGCUGCCACUGGGAAGUAGGGAUAACAAAUAUGUAUGAUUAUAUGGAAUUGAAGGUGCUAUUUCUGUCACUGAAACGGCAGCGCAGUUUAGAAACUGUGUAGAAAAACCAGAAAAAUGGAAAAUGGGGUUGAAAUAGAAGAGGUCCUUCUGACCCCCGAGAGCCUCUCGAGGAAAUCAGUCUAUUGGCCUUGGACCCCUGUAAUGCACUGCAGACUAAACACGCAAUGAUACUCAAGCAAGUCUUUAUAGAGAUCCAGUGGGACUCGCUGAGUUUCCUGUAAGCACCGUGCUGUUUAGGCACACAGGCGUUUGACAGAGAAAAUCUAUUUUGGUAAGUAUAGAGCAGAAAUUAAUGAAAUGGUUUGAUGUUAGUGCUUGUAAACAGACCAGUAUUUGACUGACUCCACAUUCUGCUGUAUUACAGUUACUGAAUAUGACAUUGAUUUUUGGACAUUGAUGUUUUAACUUAAUUUGUACUGGCCUUCCUGGCCAAGGUAUUUCCACCUCCCACUGAUGUGGCAUGGAUUGAACAGUCCGCUUGGUUCCCAGAUUUAUUAAAUACAUAAAGAAAUGAAACAAAACAUGAAACAGAUGUCCGUCCUUUGUAAUGCAAGGAUAGUCCUGUAAUAAACCCCAUCUGUAAAACAACUUAUGCAAGUCUUUAUUGAGGGUUUUAUGUCAACAUUAAUUCGGUCGUGAGGCUGUAGUGUUUUGUUUUAUUGGAAUGCAUAAUAUAGUGACAUGUUUCUAACAUUUGUUCCAAAUACAGUAUAUGUAAAUGAGCGACUCCCAAAUAAUACAACCUCAAUAUAAUGAACUUGAUCUCUACACAAUGUAAAAAAGAGAAGGAGCAAAAAUGGUUGUAAGUUAGAAAGUUGUGUGAGAAUUGUAUUUAUUGCAGGGCUUUAAUAUUCUAAUGUUUAUCCUGCUUUCUUUAAUUAGCUUUUUAUUGAUGUAAGAAUGGGUCUUAAGAGAUGAUUGUGUUUGACACAUUUUGCUUCAUGCUUGAGCUGAGCCAUAAGGCCAACAAUUAUUUCAAGUUUACAUCAGUCAAUAUAAAAAAUUUGCACUAUAUGUCACAUUAUUUCUUAAGUUUAAGGACUUAAUUCUUGUCCUGAGUGAAGGCGUUGGUUUCAAACUACACUAUAUGAGUAUGACCACCACUAGAUAAACAGAACAUUUAACCCCUUAAUGCCUGAAUUAAUUUCCAAUUAUAUUUUUAAAAAAAAAUUGUGUUUUUGGCUGUCAUACAGAUGCUAAAUUAAUUGGAGAUUGUUCAUUUCAAUAUAGCAUAUACAGUAGAUAUAAAAUUAAGGUAUGAGGCAAAUUAGCGACAUUAGGCAUAAAUGGGUGUAACCUUAAUUUAACACAUUUUCCAGUCUCUGGUAUGUAGAUUGAUGCUGCUUUUGCUUGAAAUUGAAUAACGUAUGUUUCUGUACAAUCAUUGCUGUUCCAUCAUUACAGUAUUUCAAAUACAGCUUAAUACCUCAAAAUAACUUUGCUGAACAGUCCCAACGGGCUAGUAUGUAUUUUCCACUCUGACCACUAGAUGUCGGCAGAGUGCUUCCAAUACCUUCCUUGGUAUGUGUAGUAUUUGCACCAUCAGGCACAAUCGUCACCUCGGCUGCAUUAAGACCUGAAUGGGAUUUGAGGCGAAUUCGCGACAUUCGUCCACAAGGGGUUAAACAUCUGUAAACUAUCAAUUACAUGUAACUCCUUAUUGUAUCUUCACAAUGCAUACGGAUUAUAUCUGUAUAUUGCUUUUUUUGAUGCUGUGAUCAUAUUUUAUGUCCCAGCCUUUAUUUAUACAUAAUUUUAAGAACCGAUUGUAAGGGUCUUAUUGAGAUUUUUUUUCUCUCUUUCACCAGUUUUUCUUUGGUUCAGUAACAUUUUCUGCUGCUGCUUUUUAAAAUUAAAAGUUUACUCCAACUGUG